GCCGAGGCGGCGGCGGCCGGGGGCGACAUGGCGGAGGAGCAGGACCUGUCCGAGGUGGAGCUGAGCCCCGUGGGCUCCGAGGAGCCCCGCUGCCUGUCCCCAGGGAGCGCGCCCUCGCUGGGGCCCGACGGCGGCGGCGGCGGCGGCGGCGGCGGCGGCGGCGGCGGAUCGGGCCUGCGAGCCAGCCCGGGGCCCGGCGAGCUGGGCAAGGUCAAGAAGGAGCAGCAGGACGGCGAGGCGGACGAUGACAAGUUCCCCGUGUGCAUCCGCGAGGCGGUCAGCCAGGUGCUGAGCGGCUACGACUGGACGCUGGUGCCCAUGCCCGUGCGCGUCAACGGCGCCAGCAAGAGCAAACCGCACGUCAAGCGGCCCAUGAACGCCUUCAUGGUGUGGGCGCAGGCGGCGCGCAGGAAGCUGGCCGACCAGUACCCGCACCUGCACAACGCCGAGCUCAGCAAGACGCUGGGCAAGCUGUGGAGGCUGCUGAACGAGAGUGACAAGCGCCCCUUCAUUGAAGAAGCCGAGCGGCUCCGGAUGCAGCACAAAAAGGACCACCCGGACUACAAGUACCAGCCCCGGAGGCGGAAGAAUGGGAAGGCGGCCCAGGGGGAGUCAGAGUGUCCCGGCGGCGGCGAGGCCGAGCAGGGCGGGGCCGCCGCCAUCCAGGCCCAUUACAAGAGCGCCCACCUGGACCACCGGCACCCGGGAGAGGGCUCCCCCAUGUCAGACGGGAACCCUGAACACCCCUCAGGCCAGAGCCAUGGUCCACCUACCCCUCCGACCACCCCAAAGACAGAGCUGCAGUCGGGCAAGGCAGACCCCAAGCGGGAUGGGCGCUCCAUGGGGGAGGGCGGGAAGCCUCACAUCGACUUCGGCAACGUGGACAUCGGUGAGAUCAGUCACGAGGUAAUGUCCAACAUGGAGACCUUUGACGUGGCCGAGUUGGACCAGUACCUGCCACCCAACGGGCACCCGGGCCACGUGGGCGGCUACUCGGCAGCCGGCUACGGGCUGGGCAGCGCCCUGGCUGUGGCCAGUGGACACUCCGCCUGGAUCUCCAAGCCACCGGGUGUGGCUCUGCCCACGGUCUCGCCACCCGGUGUGGAUGCCAAAGCCCAGGUGAAGACGGAGACCGCGGGGCCCCAGGGCCCCCCGCACUACACCGACCAGCCAUCCACCUCGCAGAUCGCCUACACCUCCCUCAGCCUGCCCCACUACGGCUCUGCCUUCCCCUCCAUCUCCCGCCCCCAGUUUGACUACUCUGACCAUCAGCCCUCAGGACCCUAUUACGGCCAUUCAGGCCAGGCCUCUGGCCUCUAUUCGGCCUUCUCUUACAUGGGGCCCUCGCAGCGGCCCCUCUACACGGCCAUCUCUGACCCCAGCCCCUCAGGGCCCCAGUCCCACAGCCCCACGCACUGGGAGCAGCCAGUAUACACGACGCUGUCCCGGCCUUAAAGGGGGCCCUGUCAUCACCACCCUGCCCGGCCCCUCUGGGUAGCAUGCCCCUUCCCCCAGCCUUUGUGCCCUGUUCCUCGCCCAUCUCAGACCUGGUGGUGGGCCAUGGAGGAGGGUGCAGAGGCUGACAGCGGAGAGAAGGCUUUCUGUCUGGCUCACUGCCUUUGAUGACCCCACCCCGUCCUAUCCAGGCUCCAGCCCAGGCAAAGCCCCGGGCUCCUAGGCUGGGCAGAGAAGGAGGUUGAUUGUCGCCCCUAGACUGAACGAUGAGGGGCCGCACCUUCCCACCCCCCACCCGCCUCCCCGGAAUGACCCUCAUCCCAGGACCUGAGAAAGACCCACUCUCACCCUCCUCUGGGGGUGGGGGAGGCAGCCGGGGCUGGGCAGGAACCGGAGGCCUUGCCGUACCUUGUGCCCAUGUUCGCGCUCUCG